UUUUCAGGGUGAAGCUCUUCUCCUGACCGGGGUUUGGAUCAUGAUGCUACCGCGCUGCCAGUUACAGCUCGAAUGGCACAGUCGCAUGUAGCACCAGCAAUCGUAUCUUCAACGUCAUGACUUUCAUGAGUGCUGGAUACUCUGAAGACUCUGGCUUCAAGGAAGGAGAUUCAAAUAUAAAAAGAGGGGAGUGUAGCACUCACCAUCCAAGCAACCAGCCAAAGCACGACAUCCACUCCAACGAUCAAUUGCAAACCAUCUCUAAUUUCUCAAACUCAAAUUCAAAAUGCCUUCUACCCUCCAGCGGAACGGACCUACUCCCGUCAUCGUCAAGCACGGCGGCCAAAAGACAACCAAGGAGAGCGAAGCCAUCGAGGACUGCGACCCCAUCUUCGCGGCCGCCAAAGCCGGCAACGUGGACGACAUUAGAGACCUGCUAUCAGACGACCCGGGCCGGCUCGACAUGCGAUGCGCCGAAUGUCACGGCAUCACGCCCAUCAUGGCGGCCGCCAUCGCGAACAAGCAGGAAGCCGUGGAAUUUCUCUCCACUGCGGGGGCCGACGUGACCCUCCGCGACGCCAACAGCUACACGAUCCUCAAACUGGUCCUCGACCAAGGCGAGAGCCACGCCGGGGUGGCCGAGUGGAUCGUGGCCCACCACCCCGAGCUGAUUGUGACGGACCCGCGUCUCCCCGCGGGCAAGGACUGGCUGCGCGCGCAGUUCGCCAUGAUGGCCGCCCACAUCGAGGAGGAGGCCAGCAAGCCCCCAAAAGAGGUGCUGGAGUACCUGCUCGACGGCUACCCGGCGAAGCUGCCGGCGGACACGGGCCGCACCGUGUCCGAGGUCUACUGGGAGCAUAUCCUGCUGCGCUACAUCGGGGAUAUCCCGCUGGAUAUCGCCCGGAACUACUCCAAGGACCUCAAGAUGGCGUUCGUGGGUACCUUUGACCGGAUCCUCUACAAGCAUGAGGGCAUCCAGGAGUCGGCGCGGCUGCUUAAUAGCGUGCUGCCCACCACCCAGUACGAUAUCAUCGGCACCCACGUCGUCCCUCAGCAGGGCUGGGUCACGGAGCGCUGGGAGUACCACGACAAAAUCCACAACCUGCAGGUCCUGGACGGCAUAGAUACCUUUUUGAUCGAUGCCAACGCGGGCAAGAUCGAGGUCAUGCUCAUCAACUACAAUGUCUACAAGAUGGAGUGGGUGGAUGAUCCCGAGAAGGGCAAGCCUGGCCCUGGUAAGAUCUGUCCUCCUUCUGCUAAGGCUUGAUCGGUGGUGCUGGGGGACAAGUUUUGAUGUGGUACUUAGUUGAGAGGAGUGGGAAAGCGGUUAUGUGAAUUCGAUCUUACUGCGGUUAACUUGUCGUUUUGGUAUGCGAGAAGAUGUAAAGAAAAAGAAAAGAAAAAAGAAAAAAGAAAGGGAAAAAUGCAAAA